AUGGCUUCAUUCGGCGAUGCGACACUCCCCUCUACGCGCCGUACACGCAAGUCCAUCGGCGCGACCACAUCGUCGAGAAAGAAUGGCGACAAGGAGAAUGCGACCAUCGACGUCGGAAGUACCCUUGCGGAGAGCAGGAAGAAGUCGCGUAGCAAGAGUAUUGGCCCUGGAGGUCUGGACGCCCUGAAAAGUGCAAAUGGGAACCGCAGAGCUUCUUUAGCUGUGCCUUCACGGCCUCCGCCACGUUCUAUCUUGAAGCCCACAAUGCCCUUACUACCCGAGAUUCCACCACAUCGAAAGCGCGCAUCUGACCUUAUCGAUCUUGGUCCGCCGCGGUCAAGCACCCCAACGACUACAGGCAGUACCGACCCUACAGGCUCAGGCUCCAAGAUUGCCUUGCGCACCGAGGAAGAGCAGCAACAAGCAGCUAAGGAGCGCGAGCGCAGAGACGCAAGACGUAAAUCUCUCGCAAAUCGCAGAGUAUCUUUUGCCGCGGAGGCAACCCUUCACACUUUCCAUGAAAUCGAUUUCAUGCAAGACCCGAAUACAUCAACAAACAAGUCGCGCCGCAGAUCCUCUACCUCAGCCCCGCAGAAUGAAGAGCCGACGGAGCGGCCAUCAACCCCGCCUGAGCAGGAUGACGAUAUCGUACCGCAGUCACCCGACAACCAGAGAGAACUACAUCAGAAGAAGCGCAGGAGGAGCUCCACCGCGCCGCUCAUGGAAUUUUCCGAUGAGGAGCAAGAUACCAUGGCCACAGGUUUCAGCUCCGACUCUGAGCCAGCGGAUGCCGUCGAGGAAGUUGCAGAUGACGAUGAGGAGGAAGCGUCUGAUUCGAAUAGCGACUCCGACGAUGAUGAUGGCACGAUGAUGACCGUCGACGACCACGAAGUUACCAGCGCCUCAGUCAUGUCCAGCCGGACAACAGCAUCGGAUGACGAUAAUGACAGUUUGGAUGAGGCACUCCGCACAGCUGCUCGGCAGGCUGGCACACAAAGGCUCGGUUUCGAUGAUAGUGAUGACGAAGAAGUCAUUCCCUCUUUUGGUUGGAUCAAGAAGAGCAAGCCUGAAGAUGAUGCAUCGCAAGGUCAAGAGAACACUGCCCCUCCCCCGCCCGUCCAUAAUAGCCCGCCCCAGAAUGAGGAUGGAGAUGAUCUGGACAUGGACAUGGAAAUGGAUAUGACUGCUGCCGUCGGAGGCAUCCUCGGUAAACCAGCCGGCGACAUCGAACCAGACGAAGAGAUGUCCAUGGAUGUUACCAGAGUACUUGGCGGCAUUCUCUCUCGAAAUACCAAAACACCCGCUGAGAAUGACGUGGAGGACCAGACCAUGGAGUUCACCACAGCCGUCGGUGCCAUUCGCGAUUCCAACGCCGAUGACGAUCUUUUCGACGACACUGGGGUGGAAAACGAGGAUAUGUCUAUGGAAUUCACGAGUGCCAUUGGUGGUCUUCUACCAUCACAUCCCAAGAACGAUGCCACCCAGAAGCGCCGUAGGACAAUGACAUCCCGCGAGAACCCAGAGGAGGCAACGAUGGACAUGGAUAUGACUGUCGGUGUUGGUCGCAUACUGCCAUUGGCGGAUGCGACUAUCCACGGAGGAGACGCGACGAUGGGCAUGGACAUGACUAUCCCGGUCGGCCGUAUCCUGUCUUCACAGGACGACACAUUGAACGAACUGACGACGCCAAUGGACAUGACGCUCCCUGUUGGCCGGAUUCUGCCCUCUUCCCAAGUGUCUGACCAAGAUGAAGCAACUAUGGGCAUGGACAUGACCAUGGCAAUCGGAGGCAUCAUUCAGCCAUCACAACCUCCAGAGUCUCGCCUCGCCGCCAAGAAACUCAUGGAAGCGGAAGUGGAUAAGCCAGACACCCCUACCAAGUCCAUGUCCGCAAAGCCUGCGUCACCUGCCAAGAAGCUAGCUGCCUCGGCCAAGAGACACUCAGUUGCAGGGUCAGAAAAUGCAAGCAGUCCUGGGUUUAACCCUUUCCACGGCAGAGGCCUUCGUCAGAGCAUGCCGGGUACAGGCUCAAUGUCAGAAUCACCGGCUAGAACCAGAGCUAGUACCAGAACACCAAGCCCGCCAAAGUCUGUCGCUCCUUCACACGCCGCUGCUGGAACACCGCUCGACAGUUCUCCAGUCAAGACGCCCCAAUCGGUAAAGAAGCCUGCUCGCUCGAAGUCAAAAUCUCCAACUAGAAAGCCUGCAACUCCUUCUCCUGAGAAGACCGCUACUCGGUUGAAUAUCUUCCAGCAAGAUCCAGCUACCGGCGCGAGGACGCCAACCUUUGUUUUGACACCGCAAACCCGAAGGCACUCCGGCAUCGGCGCGGACAAGCCGGGCCUCGGGUCACCCCGUGUUGCUGCGCUCCUUGACCGAAGGGGAUCUCUCGGUGAGACAGUCCAGGAGUUCGUUCCCGGUAAGGUCCGUGGUGUAGCCUUUGCUAAACCACAGAUCAUUGAGGAUGAAAUCGAUAGAGCCCGCCAAGAAGAGGAAGACAAAGAAAACGGCAGAAAAAUUCUUGAGCGUGAAGCGGAUGGUGGCGAAAACGAAAAGGACGCGACCUUGAACUUGAGGGAGAUGAUUGAAAGCUUGAGCCCUCAGAAGAAGCGCCUGCAAAGCCGAAAAAGUCUUCACGUCGGAAGUGCACGGGGACUACUUGGCAAGCGGCCUGCCGAGCUCGAUGACGAGGAGGAUAGUGAAGACCGCGACGGUAUCAAGAGACUCAAAGGCCAUCAAGGCAGCCCGGUGAAGAAUGUCAAGCUGCAGCAGCCUCCCAGUAAGGCAGAGACUACCGGUCGCAGAUUGACACGAUCUGCCAGGAAAAGCAUGGAGGAAAAUGCUGCAGGGGAAGCGACGCCCACUCAUUCUGAGUCGCCUCAGAAGUCUGCAAGCUCGGCAAAGUCACCAAAGGGGCACGCUCGAUUCAGGGAUGUCGAGGAAGACACUGUCCCGCACCCAAUGAACCUUGAGGGCUCUCCUACUCGAGACGAAUCUGAAAUCAUUGACGACGAUGCUGAGGAGCGGAUUCACCUGCAGGACUUCCUCAACAUGACCUCAAUUCGCUUCAUGGAGCUCACAACCACCAAACGACGUCACACGCAAGCUCCUGAUAUGUUCAAGGACUUUGGUGGCAAGGAGGAUUUAUCACUGGAGAACUGCGUCGUCGCCGGUGCAUGCACAGUACCUAUGCUUGAGCUCUACCAGCAUUCGUGCCGCGAACUCAAGAAGUACAUCUCUGAGGGCCGUCGAAUCGUUCGCGAGAUUGAGUCCGAGACAUUUGAGGAGAAUCCGCCCUUGUUCCGAGAAUACAUGUCAGCAUCGCCUGAUUUCAAGAACAUCCUGGACAAUCAGUUCAAGAACGGAAAAACUCAUGCUCGUCUCGAGAGCAAGGCGAUGUGGUACGAGUGGCGAAUGAAGCUCCAGGAGGGCCUGAGGGAGGGUCUUGUCAGGAUCGCUGAGGGCAUAGCCGUCGACGACAAGGUACUCCAGCAACAGCAAAAAUUGCUCUCUUCCGUCUUGCCUGCAAUUGUGUCGCGUUUCGAGGUCCUUGAACAAGAGCACAAGAACCUGCGGGCUGUUGCAGAGGAGCUUGCCGAUUGCGAUCCGGAAGAGCUGGAGACCGCCAGAUCCGACUUGGCCGCGCUUGACAACGAUGUCCAAGAAAAGACUCGGCGGGUUGAGGAGCUCCGAAAGCAGCUGCAAGAGGCGGAACAAGACGUCGAGCAACUUGCGCAAGAGAAGCAACAAUGCCACGAGGACAUCAAGGAGGCUGAAAAGAUCCGUGAGGAAUGCCGAGGUUGGUCGAUCAGCGAGAUCAGUGCGCUCAAGGGUAAGUUCUUUUUGUCGUACACGAAGAAGUUUGACCCCACCAAGACUGACAUGUCUGCAGCUCGAGUGGAUUCUCUUGAAAAGCAGCACGGUUGGGCUGUGACUGGGGUUUCCGGAAGCACCGUCUCAAUGACUUAUCGCCGCGAGAUUGAGCUGGUGUUCGACAUGGCGUCCUUCCAGCGCGGCCAGAAGAACUCGCGCAUUGACCUGUGGUACAUUGCCGCAAACCGCGAGAAUAACCCCCUGCCCUCAACGCCGGAAAAGGAAUUUUUCCUACAAUGCAUCCGGGACCACAUCCGUGGCUUGCCGCAGAGCCGCACUAAAAUUGCGGACCUCCUCCACAUGGUUCAUGUCGCGUGGGACAAGUCUAAUUCCACUUCCAACCAAAUUCGCCGGCUUAACGUCACCUUCCCCACGGUUGUCUCCCGGACUUCGGAUUCAUCCAUCGCAGUCAGGUCUUCGCUUCUUCUGCCGCCGAUUGAGACCAAGGUAGUGAUUGCCCUGGAGAUUCACGGAGUGAGCAAGCCUGACGGGAUCGACUUCACUCUGAAGCCCGAAGCAAAUGUUGUUUAUGGAGAGCACUUCAACACUGGCAAGAUGGCUGAGUUCUUGAACACCCACUUGGGCGAAGGGGCAUUAUCGCAAGAGGAGAGCGUGCCCUCGUGGAUUGAUGUUGUUGUUGACCUGCAUGAGAGGCUCUUGGCGAGAGGGAGGAAGCAAGGUUGA